AUGGUCCCGAAGGAUCGCAAAGUGGCAAAGGCGAAGGUGACGGUGCCUAAGACGCACUCAAAAGCAGGGAAGACGAGCGGCGCAGGCGGCGGGGUCGUGCAGACGCAAGGCGAGUCGAUCCGUCCUGAUUCCGAUCGUAGAUACAGUGACUUACUGGAUUUAGUAAGCACUGAUGAUCGUGGCGGUCAAGUGAAGAGUAGUACUCACAACUUGAAGACGAAGCGCAAGCGUGACGGCCCACCCAGUGGAGAUGUAGGGGCAGCAAGGACGGCGGUACCGCGCGCGGCGCGCCGUGUCAACAGCAGUGACGCCGACGAGUCAGGCUCAGAGCGUCAACCGCAGAAGAAGGCGAAGGUCAGCGUUUUGCCGCAAUCCCAGAAGAGACCGCACCGUGCGGCCGUCAUCAAUUUUGACCACUCAGACUCGGACUUGCCAUUGUCGCUGCCACCACCGCUGCCACGCCGACUCCCCGCGGCGACUCCCCGCACGUCUCAGCCAGCGUCUCAGCCAGCCCGCAGUCAAUCACGGCCUCGUGCUGCCAUUCCUCAAGGAUAUGAAGACGACCUGGAUGACGAUGGAGAGGGCAUGGGUCUUGAUCAUGUCGAUCAUGGAGAGGAGGCAGAGGAUGAUGUCGAUGAAGAAGCUGAGUUGCGCGAACAAUGCGUUGACUUCGAAGCAGAGCGCGUGUCUAUUAAGGGAUCUGGAGGGUCUCAGUCAAUGAACAUGGAUCGCGAUCCCAGCUCAAGCGAUGACAUGCCGAGUGCUCAACCUCCCCGUUUCCGCUCAAAGGUCUCGCGCUCAUCGAGCGUGGUGUCCUAUGCCUCGGAGCCACCCUAUUCCUCGGAACCAUCAAGCAUGUCCUAUGGCUUAGAGCCACCGGAGGACCGCGACACUGAUGACGGUGAGUUUGAGGCACCACGCACUCGGUCUGACAACGAGGAGCAGGAUGAUCGAGUUGUAUACGACUCGGAUCCUAUGCUCGACGAUGACGAGCUGGAUGAAGAGGAGGCCCCGGCCGUGGUAUCGCGUGGGCAACGGCAGCUCACGAAGAAACAGCAAGAUAAAUUGAGAUCUGAGAUGCCGGAGAUUCGUCCUGCUCAAGUCACUCCGAAGACAAAGAAGCAUGCACAGACGAGUCACCACGCGGGCUCGGUCUCCGUCGACAGCAAGCACAACAGCAUCAAAUGGCGGGCGCGGACUAUGAUCACGAUCAUUGAGAACCCAAAGAGUGUCAAGAUGGCAAAGAGAGCACAAAACGGGAACGUCCAGCAAGUUAUGUCGCACGCCUAUAUACUCGGUGAUCAAAUGAUGGUUUUCGGCCGCAAAGACGACCGUGGGCUCGACAUCACCAUCAAUACCGUCAACACCAUGCUCACGCCAUUGGACAAGGCCGGCGUUGACCGCAUCGCGUAUGAGGCUCUUGUACAAGCUGCAGAUGUGCUCGGGUACACCGGCGAGGGCGACAUUGCUGAUCGCCUGGAACGCGGGGUGUGGGAACACUACGCUAAACCUCUUGCAGGUUAUGUUGCUCAUCGGCUGGGCAUGGCUCGCACUGGGAUCCGAAAGGCAAUCGCCUUAGUGGUGGAACACCAGUUCAGGCUCACGAUUCCGGCGGAGGACCUUCUGAUGGUGCCCGACAAGACACUGCUGCUAAAAGAGAUGAACUACGUCUUUCCAUGGACGUCAAUGGGAGGGUUUGAUCAGCGCGCACCAUACGAAAGUUCAGUGAUCAAGUCAGCGGUGCGCUCGGGAUUUUUCACCAAUGCGGGGUACGUUGGAAUCGGGCUGCAGAACAUCGCGCUCUGCACGUCUUCGCUGGAAAGCAAGCCCUCAGAGCAUGAGGUACCGCCGGAGAUGGUUGCACUUGCUACGACAGCUGUCGAGUCUGUGAUACACGAACACAGCCUUCGCCUCAGCAAGGCAGUUGAAUUUGGAGCAGCUUCCGCACCUGCAUAUCGGGAACACAUGGUGCGAUUGGCUGAUUUCCGCCAGCAGAGGCCGAAGCGUUACCAUCGCGUCAUGCAUGACAUAUUCAAAGCCGUGACGGUUGGUCAUACCCUGCAUCAGGGUUUAGAUGGUGGCGGCGCGAUCAUCAACUGGAAUGAUAUACCCGACGAUGAAGAGUAG